UCCCCGGCGCGGCGCCGCCACCGCUUCACGGCGCCAUGGCCGCAGCCUCUCCCCGCUCGCCCCCACCAAGUUCGAGGCGCGGCCGCCGCCCCCCCAGCGCCCCUCGGCGGGGCGGAGCAGCGGCAGCCCCGGGGGGGAUGAUGCUGAGGCCGCCCCCUCGUCCCCCGCUCCCGCCUUGCCCCGGGCACGGAGCCCCCGCACCGCUUCACCCCCCCCCACUCUCCCUCCCCCUGCUCCCCCCUCCGGGCCAGCCGAGAAGUUGCAACCGGUUGAGCGAAAUGUUUGAGCUUGGGGUUUGGUUUCUGCGUUUUUAUUUUUGUUUCUUUAUUUAUUUAUUUUCCCUCGCACUUACCGCAGCUCAAAAACCAGUGCCCCGAGGCUGCUCCCUGCGAUCGGCUCUCAGAGCAGGGGCGCCCCAGAGCAAAGCGCAGCAAACGCUGGCGGCCAGGGGAGGGCAGGGAUUCGCCUCGCCCCGACAGGGGCAGCUCCGGGGGUGCCGGGCUCCCAGGGGGGCUCCCGGCCCCGAGGGGCUCCUGGGGAAGCGCAGCAGGGAGAAGCGAAGGGGAGCCGGGGCUGCGGGAGGGAUUGCGGGACCCCCCAGCUCUGCCCCGGACCCCGGGAGUCGCGGAGCCCGCGGGCAGCGGGAGCCCCGGCCCCCUCCGGGGCAUUUUGGGGCAGAAUUAGAUGCUUUCUCCGCCCCUUCCCCUGGAGCACGGAGCGACGUGUCAGCCCCACAGGGUGCCGGAGAGGGCCGGCGGCGUGGACGGGCCGGUGAGACGUGGCACCGAGGCAUCUUCCCCAGCCACUUCUCUGAACUGAUGUCUUCAAAAUGAAGAGCAAGAACGAAGGUGAGAAGGUCCUUACCUGAGAAGGUGAGAACGAAGAACGCCUUGGAUAAAUCAAAAAAUUUGAGGAAUAGAAAUAAUGGGAAAUAUUUAUAACUCUGGUCUCUUGAAUAGGCCAGAAUCUGGAAUGAAUUUAUGAAAAGUUACAAACCUACACAGGCUCUAUUGCAAUUGAAUCUAGAUACAGGAUUUUUUUAUUAAAUACAUAAUAAAGAUAUCAGUACGUCUUUA